AUGUCCCUUAAAUACACUGUUGAGUUUUUCAUCAACUUUAACAAUUCGACCAAUACCAAAGCUACUGAACGCACCCCAGAGCAUUACACACCUGCCUCCCGCUUGCGACGUCUUUUUGACAUAUUUAAGAUGGAAUUGCUCGGUUGGGCGGCGUCUGACAAAGGUUUUUUUUUUUCCCUCCGAUCCAAAGAUGCUAAAAGCGUGACUCGUCACUCCAAAAAACUCUAUACCAGUCGCCGGCCGUCCAUUGAAUUCUCUACCAAUCUUUCUUCUACCGCUGUUUCUACGAAUCUUCCUGCUACCGUGGUUUAUACCAAUCUUACUACUACUACUGUGGUUUCUACCAAUCUUCCUACUACUACUGUAGUUUCUACCAAUGUUCCUACUACCGUGGUUUCUAUCAAUUUCCCUGCUACCGUGGUUUAUAUCAAUCUUCCUACUACUACUGUGGUUUCUACCAAUGUUCCUACUACCGUGGUUUCUACCAAUGUUCCUAUUACCGUGGUUUCUACCAAUCUUCCUACUACCGUGGUUUCUAUCAAUUUUCCUGCUACCGUGGUUUAUACCAAUCUUCCUACUACUACUGUGGUUUCUACCAAUGUUCCUACUACCGUGGUUUCUACCAAUCUUCCUACUACCGUGGUUUCUACCAAUCUCCCUACUACCGUGGUUUAUAUCAAUCUUCCUACUACUACUAUGGUUUCUAUCAAUCUUCCUUCAACCGUGGUAUCUUCGAAUCUUCCAGCUACCGUGGUUUCUACCAAACUUCCUACUACCGUGGUUUCUACCAAUCUUUCCCUUACCGCUGUUUCUACCAGUCUUCCUGUUGCCGCGUCUAUUAAAGUGUUUUCAUAUCUAUCUAUCUAUCUAUCUAUCUAUCUAUCUAUCUAUCUAUCUAUCUAUCUAUCUAUCUAUCUAUCUAUUGAAGUGUCUUCAUAUCUAUCUAUCUAUCUAUCUAUCUAUCUAUCUAUCUAUCUAUCUAUCUAUCUAUCUAUUGAAGUGUCUUCAUAUCUAUCUACCUAUCUAUCAAUCAGUCUAUCACAAUGUCUUCAUAUUUAUCUAUCUAUAAAUCAGUCUAUCACGUGGCUUCAUAUCUAUCUAUCUAUCUAUCUAUCUAUCUAUCUAUCACAGUUUCUUCAUAUCUAUCUAUCUAGCUAUCUAUCUAGCUAG